GUGACUGGCUUCCCGACCUGGGCGCGUGCUUACGUCAGUACUACAAGUACUGCCACUCAGUCGCAAGCAGUGGCAUCGUCUGCGUCUUCUCCUUCUACCUCGUCGGAAUGUCUUCGCGGGCAAAGUGGCCCGCCGAUUUGCCGGCUGACCUCGGCGGGGGAAGCCGCGAGGCAGUCGAGAGGCUGCGGAACCACUGCCAGGCGCUGGGCCUCGAAUUCACGGAAAGGCAGUUGAUGGACAAGAGCAAAAGCCCCGCAAAGGACAAGGCCAA